GCAUGCCACCACCACGCAUUUUGUAUAACACACUCCCUCAGACCCCCGCGCGCCACAAACUCUCGCUCUCUCUCUCUCUCUCUCUCUCUCUCUCUCUCUCACAUACACAUUCAUUCAUUCAGUCACAUGAACUCCACUGCCUCCACCAACCCCCAAUCGUCAAUGGGCACGGCGUCGACGCCGUCCUCAGACGGGUCGGGAAAGAAGGUCCGGAAGCCAUACACCAUCACCAAGUCCAGAGAAAGCUGGACCGACGAAGAGCACGACAAGUUCCUCGAAGCUCUUCAACUGUUUGAUAGAGACUGGAAGAAAAUCGAAGAUUUUGUAGGUUCAAAAACGGUUAUUCAGAUUAGGAGUCACGCCCAGAAGUACUUCUUGAAAGUUCAAAAGAGCGGGACAACGGCGCACGUGCCUCCUCCACGGCCAAAGCGCAAGGCUGCUCAUCCUUACCCUCAAAAGGCCUCCAAAAAUGGUUUACUUCCGUUGCAAGCAUCCAUUGCUUAUCCUUCUUCAAUGAACGCAAUUGCAUCUACCUAUUCUCCUUGGGAUGAAACUUCCUUUUUGACAAACCCUGCAUCGGACCAAAUUCUGUUGUCACGCGAAGAAUUUACUAAUCUUCAUGGAACUGAAGCUGAUAUUGGAUCAAAGGGGUUAUCAAGGAUUAACACAUGCAGUCUUAGUGGCCCUCUGCCAAGUUCCGAGAUACCAAAUCAAGGGAAACAAGCUCCUGGGCAUCAUGGUCUUCCUGAUUUUGCCGAAGUUUAUAGCUUCAUCGGGAGUGUUUUUGAUCCAGAAACAAAAGGUCAUGCUCAGAAACUCAGGGAAAUGAAUCCCAUUAAUUUUGAAACUGUUCUGUUGUUAAUGAGGAAUCUCAGCAUCAACUUGUCCAGUCCGGACUUUGAGCAAAUGAGGAAGGUCCUGUUAUCAUAUGAUGUCCUACGAAAACAGUAGCUGCAGGAAUUGUCACCACGAAGCUGAAUAGGGAUCUGUCAUGAUGAACUUGUUAGUAGUUACACCCGCUGACUGGUGUGUGUUUUGGAGCAAAAGUGUAACUGGUUCUAGAACAGUAAAUGCCAAAUCCG